UGUCAACACAUAAAAUAUGUGAAAGCAGAUCACAAAUUAAUGAUACAAUAAUUGUAAGAUGUUCCUUGUCGGUUUGACAGGAGGGAUUGCUACAGGUAAAAGCACAGUGUGCAAACGACUCAUUGAAUUGGGAUGUCCCGUCAUUGAUGCUGAUCAAAUAGCCAGAGAUGUUGUACUACCAGGGAAAUCAGCUUGGUACAAGAUCAGAAGUUACUUUGGACCUGAUGUCUUUUACAAUGAUGGAAUGUUGAAUCGUGAAAAACUGGCACACAUUAUUUUCAGUGAUGAAGAAAAACGAAAGGCUCUAAAUUCAAUGACACAUCCUGCAAUAUUCAGAGCCAUGCUGUGGGAGAUUACAAAAUAUUUUUUAACAGGUUAUCCGUUUGUUGUCAUGGACAGCCCACUUCUGUUUGAAAAUGAAAAGAUGCUGCCUUACGUCACAUACAUUGUGGUGGUUUCAUGCUCUGACUACCAGCAACAUCAACGUCUUAUGUCUAGAAACAACCUCCAGUGGGAUGAAGCCGAUCAGAGAAUAUCGACGCAGAUGGCGAUGUCAGAGAAGUGUAAACGGGCAACGUACAUCAUUGACAACAGCGGCACCAUCGAGAUGACGGAGCAGCAAGUGACGGCCAUCUUUCGCAUAUUUCAGAAAUCGCGAGCACACUGGCGUGUGCGGACAGUCCUCUCUAUAGUCGCCGCAUUUAUUCUCGCCUUUUUGUACCUGUUGUGGUGAGCGUAUUUUGUGAGUGUGUUUUGGCUAUGUUGUUGCUGCAGCCUUACUCGGACUUCAUCACAAUGUGUUGCAAUGACCUGUAAGCCUUUUUAAUUUAUGCAUAAUCCUUUCAUUAUAAAUGGUGCUGUGUUAAAGUAACAAUGACUUUUGUAAACGUUUUUUUUUUUCUUUUUUUAAAUAUUCAAGAUUUAUUUAACCCUUUGCAUGCUAUUGCAAAUACAGGUAACAAAGACCUGCCCUAGUCUUUGCCAUGGAGUAAAUUAUUUAAAAUAUUUUGAGUGGUUUCGUAGAUUUUAAUUACAAUAUAAUAGUGAAGAGACACUGAUUGAAAUUUGAAUUGAAAUAGGGGGUUUUCAGCAGGUACAAAAGCUUGCUGGUUGUGGCUUUGAAAGAUGUAACAUUGGGCAGCAUUUACUGCCAGUAACAUGCAAAGAGUUAAUUUGUUCAGGACGUUUGAAUCUGUGUCUUAAAAAGUUGGAAAAUUAAAAUAAUCAAUGUAUUCCUGAAAUAACUAGCAAAGACACCAUGACAUAACUUAUGUUGAUUAUGAUUAUAAAUUUUGUGAUCAUGUAAUUUUACUAAAAUCUUUAUUACAAAUUAUGAAUUAUUCUUGUACUUACUGUAGCAAUUAUUAUUGUUACUUUUUUUUUGCUAUUCAGUUGUAGGCACAAGCAGUAAAAAAAAAUUGGUGGGUCGUGCUACUGAAUAAUGGUUGAAAUUAUCAUAUAUCAUUUGACACAUUUAUUCCUUUUUGUAUGAUGCAGGAUUAUCAAACUGGGUGCUAUCGUAAAUCUUUGGAUGCUGGUACUAAUCUGAUAGUAAACCACCUCUUUUAAGUCGCAGUAUGUUUUAAAAGAAAUCUUUAACAUUCUCUUGAAUCAUGUGACUUAAAAUAACUUGAACCACAUUAAAUAGUAAACUGUUUUGUGGGGGCUAACUUAAAAUACUUAUUGUAUAAAUGAUACCUUGGUGAAGGUUUUGUGUAUGUAUUGUCUACAUAAUUAGGUCAUUUAAACCAAUUUGUUUUUGCAAAUUCUUAAUAAUAAAAAAUGUAUACGGCUUGAUGGAUUAUUAUCAUACUUGAUGUGGAAGCUGGUAUCAUCUGCUAGUUAGGUCAUUGUGACCUACUUACAGUCCUCUUGAUAACACCCAAUAAGGAUUAAAAUGUUUCGCGUAUUCAAGGGAAACCUGUUUUAAUCCUACUCGGUGUGCGAUUUUGGUUUGAAACAUUUAAGUGUCAUAAGGACUCCCUGUUUGCAAAUCUUGAGAUCCCACCAUCAACCCAGCGAGCCCUGCUGUGCAUCUCCAGUAGAACAGAAGAUACACUAAAUGUUUUGCAUGAAACCAUGAAAAAGAUCGCUAUUCAAGACUGUGGUUUCCUAGGAUUUUGAUAUAUAUGUUGACUGUGUCAUUUAAAAGAAUCAAAUUGAAUGUAAUUUGUACAAAUAAUUUUGAUGAGCUAUGCGAGCUCGUAUGCUAGCCAAGGUAGAGAGUCCUAUAUGAUUUCUGCGAGCCUCAGGCUCCCAGACUCUUCUCAAAAUCACACACUGCUACUAGAAUGGCCUUUAUGCUUUGCCUUGGCUUGUUGCAGAAUGAAAAUACCUGUAUACAGCAUAUAAUAUUAGUCAUUCUUUUAUCUUGUUAUUAUUUGUGAUGAAGUUAAACUGUUUAUCUCUAGAUGAAUCUUUAUAUUGUUAAGAAAUAUGUUUAGAUAUAAAAUGUCUUACUAGAAAUCCUCUUAAAUGCAACUUCAAAAUGUGUAUUUGAUCAUGUAUUCAUUUACAUAAAUGUUCAUUCUUUGCGAAAUCCUGCAGAAACAUCAUAAUAUACUUUGAAAGGCUAUUCAGGGAUUGAUCACAUGGGGAAAAAAGAGAACUAGACUUGUUUGUUUUUGUGGGGUUUUUUUAAAAAUUAUUAUCAUUAAUUUUUGUUUUAAUUUAUUUAUUUAUUUAUUGUCUUGCCUUAACAAGGGUCCAAAUGUGAACUGUAUUCCUUAUGGGUUUUGUUUUUUAUAGUGGUUGCUUCAACUUUUACAUGUACAGUAGCCCAUAAUUAAUUUGUCACUUUAGCUCCUUUUCUUAAAGACUGUUAAGUCCUAGGUCCACAAAACGUGGUUAUUAAUACAUGAUAAAGAACUUUUUUUUAAUUAAUUCCUUUUUGGUUUUAAACUAAAUUUUACAUUAAAAUGUGUUAAAUUUAAUUAUUGUUUUAACAUGCAUUUAGAUUAAUAUCCAUAGAUACAAGUUAUUACAACUACACAUGUACGAGUGACACGAAAUCACUUUAUGGUAGGCGAGACUGUUUAUGUUUUUUUAUUAAAUAUAUUCUUGUGGGUCGAAUAAAUUUUUGUUAAAAUAGAAAUUAUGGCUUUGUUUUAAAGCACAGACCCUAGUUUCAACCUGUAAAAAUGGACACUAAGUUUGGUUAAGUUACAAACCUGUAACACAUUUGUAUAACGUUACAAGAGAGUGAAACAA